GGCUUCCGGUGUUAUCGUUGUAGCGGCUGACAAAGAUGGCUACAGACGCAGGGCGAUACAGGGGAGGUGUCAGCAAAAGCAAAGACCCCUCUGGUCUCCUCAUCUCUGUCAUAAGGACUUUGUCCAGCAGCGAUGACGUCCAGGACAGAGAGACAGAAAAGGGUCGUCUUGAGGAGGCCUUUGAGACAUGUGACCGUGACCUGGACCAGCUUAUCAUCCAGCACUACGCCGAGCUCACCACCGCCAUCCGGACAUACCAGAGCAUCACCGAACGCAUCACCACCUCUCGCAACAAGAUCAAGCAGGUGAAGGAGAACCUCCUGUCUUGUAAGAUGCUGCUCCACUGCAAGCGGGACGAGCUGAGGAAGCUGUGGAUCGAGGGCAUCGAGCACAAGCAUGUCCUGCAGCUCUUGGAUGAGAUUGAGAGUAUCAAGCAGGUGCCGCAACGCCUUGAGGCUUACAUGGCCAGUAAACAUUACCUCCAUGCCACGGACAUGCUGGUAUCGGCCGUGGAGUCGCUGGAGGGCCCCCUGCUGCAGGUGGAGGGUCUGGGCGACCUGCGCCUGGAGCUUCACAGUAAGAAGCUCAACAUCCACCUGGUGCUCAUCGACGAGCUCCAUCGUCACCUCUACAUCAAGUCCACCAGUCGUCUGGGACACAAGAACAAGGACAAAAACACAGCGCGCCUUCUAGGCUCUGGGGGUAAAGACGCGUCUCCCAUGCCGGCGUUGGACGUCAGCAGCCUUUCCACCCCGCGGAAGCUUCUGGAUUCGUCGCAGUUCAGCACGCCGGGAUCUAGCAGUGUGCGUGACUUUCAACAAGACGUGCGGGAGUCGAACCAAUUAGACCUCCCUGAGGUGGACCCGGAGGAGAACAGCGCAGAGUUCAUGGGCAUCCUGAUAAAGGCUCUGGCCAAGCUGAAGAAAAUCCCAGAGACCAUUAAAGCGAUUAUGGAACGGCUGGAGCCGGAGCUGAAGCAGAUAGUGAAGAGGUCCACCACGCAGAUUGCAGACCAUGCCUAUCAGAGAGGGGAGAACCUUGCUCAGGAGACACAACCGAGUCUUCUGCUGGAGCUGCUGGAGCUCCUUUUUGACAAGUUCAAGGCAGUGUGGCAGGCGCACAGUGUGGUGUUGGCCCACCUGCAGCGCAUCGCCGUACAGUGCCCGAGCAGCGCCUACGAGGAGGGCAUCAAGCUGUACGAGCAGGCCGACGUUUCUGCCAAGAUCCAGACUGUGCUGCAGGUGCUGCUGAUGGAGUACUUGGACGUGAAGAACAGCCGCAGCGCUACGGAGCCGUCAGCCCAGCUCACCUAUGCUAGCACGGGCAGCGAAUUUGCCGCUUUUUUCGCCAAGAAGAAACCGCAGCGUGCCAAGCAGUCACUAUUCAAGUUUGAAUCGUCAUCCCAUGCCAUCAGCAUGAGUGCCUACUUGAGAGAGCAGAGACGGGAACUCUAUAGCAAAAGCGGAGAGCUGCAAGGUGGCGCCGAUGACAACCUGAUGGAAGGUGGCGAAAUGAAGUUUGUGUGUAAACCGGGAGCGAGGAACAUCACUGUCAUCUUCCAGCCUCUUCUCAGGUUCAUUCGGGAGAUUGAGAUGAACAUGGGCGCAGGCCAGGCCAAGCAGUGCCAACUUCAAACCUUCCUGACAUACUACAUACAUGAUCUUUUCCUCAACCAGGUGCGCACAGAGAUCAACAAAGAAAUCGAGGCAGUAAGCAAGGUCGCCGACCCCUUGAAGAUUCUUGCCAAUGCUGACACCAUGAAGACUUUGGGGGUACAGAGACCCGUGCUCCAGAGCACCGUGGUGGUGGAAAAAUCCAUCCAGGAUCUGAUGAAUCUCAUGCAGGACCUGAGCUCCUACUCCAACCAGUUCCUGGAGAUGGUUUGUGACAAGCUCAAAGAAUAUAAGGAGAUCUGCAACACCGCCUACAGGGGAAUAGUUCAGUGUGAGGAGAAGCUGACCAUCAGCGCUUCCUGGUCCAAAGACGAAGACAUCAGUCGCUUGCUCCAGUCCCUCCCCAACUGGGCAAACAUGGCUCAGCCAAGGCAGACACGACAAAAACGAGAAGAUGAGGAGGACUUCACACGGGCGGCGUUCGCCAAGGAGUCGGAGGUGCUGACGGGCAACCUCGGCGACAAGCUCAUCCCCGAGAACGAGAUCCUGCGCGACGUCAGCGACCUCAAGUCUCUAGCCAACCUCCACGAGAGCAUGGAGUGGCUGUCCGGACGCCUCAAGGCCUUCUUUGCCAACCUUCCUCCGGGCUCGAGUUUGUCUCCGUGUUCGUCUGACAGCCAGGCCAUGGGCGACGGCGAGCGUAGUCGGGAGCAGAUCCUGCAGACCCUCAGUGACCUGUGCAGGAGCUUCCAGGACAUUGCCAACCGCUGCCUCCUCACAUUGCACCUGGAAGUCAGAGUGCACUGCUUCCACUACCUGAUCCCGCUGACCAAGCAGGGUAACUACGCCAUCGUGGCUAACGUGGAGAGCAUGGACUACGAUCCGCUGGUGGUCAAGCUCAACAAGGAUAUCUCGGCUAUCGAAGAGGCCAUGGGAGCCGCGCUGCAGCAGCACAAGUUCCAGUACAUCUUUGAAGGUCUGGGCCACCUGAUCUCCUGCAUCCUCAUCAACGGCGCUCAGUACUUCAAAAGGAUCAGCGAGUCCGGCAUCAAGAAGAUGUGCCGCAACAUCUUUGUGCUCCAGCAGAACCUGACCAACAUCACCAUGUCCCGGGAGGCCGACCUCGAUUUUGCCAGGCAGUACUACGAGAUGCUAUACAACACGGCUGAUGAGCUGCUCCACCUAGUGGUGGACCAGGGCGUGCGCUACACGGAAUUGGAGUACAUCAACGCCCUGUCGCUGCUCCACCGGAGCCAAACAGGCGUGGGCGACCUGAGCACCCAGAACACUCGACUCCAGCGUCUGAAGGAGAUCGUUUGCGAGCAAGCCGCCAUCAAGCAGGCCAGCAAGGACAAGAAGAUUACGACCGUGUGAUCGGACGCCAAACUUGGGGCUCAUCUCAUUUUCUCAUCACACGCAAACUGCUGCUUUCAUCGGCCCCAGCCGCGAUGCCCAUAAUGGUCAUAUUAUAAAGCACGUGAACCCAACUGGUCCCUUAAAGUUCCUUAGAGUGGACAAUGGUUUUGUGUAUAGUGGUGCCUUUAGAAUUAUAUUCAGUAUCUCAAAUCAUAUUUCCCCAGUGAAAUGAAUGGAAACUGGAUACUUCUGUCCCUACGACUACAUUUGAAAUUGCCUUCCUUUAUCUGUUUCUGUAAACUUAAAUCCUGGAACAUAAACUUCUCCGUCUAGCAGCCCUCCCUCUGUUUUAGUUCAUUAACUUGGGAAAGGAGUACUUAACAAGAGGAGCCGGAGGAAGAGGGCUUUGUCAAUACCUCAGUGGCCCACCACAAUCUAUCAUAUUGACACUUUGGCCCGAUGGGAAAACAGCUGCAGGUUCCCCUUGGGCAGGUUUGACGAAACUUGGCGUAAACCCUUAAAAAGCUGCUUCUUGCUGCAAUUCAAUACAUGAGAAACUUGAACAGAAUGUUAAGUAACAGACUGUGUUACUGUCACACUAAAACAUGUCAAACGCUCCAUUCUUUUUGCUUUUUAUUCAUUUUUCAUGCUUAAUUUCCUCACAUUUUUAUAUAUAUCAAUGUAUAAAUGCGAUACACAGAUCAGAUACACAAAUUGGACCAUGCCUAUUUGUCACCUGCUUACACACAAUAAACAUUUAAAUAUUU